UUGGGGCGGCGGCGGCGGGAGCGGCGGAGAGCGAGCAGCCGCGCAACCAGGCGGAGGGCCGGGCGCCGCUGGCCGGCCCGCUGGGCCCUGUCGGCGCCGGUCCCGCUGGAGUUCGAAGAGGAACUGGCAGGCCUGGCGGGCGCUCCGGCACGGGCAUGCACAGCGCUCGGCUUGACAGCUUCCUGGGCCAGCUCCGCUGGGAACUGCUGUGUGGCCGGGACACAGGCUCACCUCCCAUGUCUGGGCCCCUUCCAACACCCCCCAAACCUGGCCCAUGUGUUCCGCUCAGCCACCGGCUCAGGGCUUCAGAUGCCUUUGAAGAGAAUUCAGUCUGCUGUGUAGAAGAGGAGGAGGAAGGUGUAGUCAUAGGAGACAAGGGUGUUGUCUUGAGGAGCCCCAGGGAGCAUGCCCUGGACUGGGACUCUGGCUUCUCUGAAGUGUCAGGCAGCACAUGGAGAGAGGAAGAAUUGCCUAUACUCCAGCACCCAUCACCCCCAGCAUGGCCCCCACAUAGACAACGCCUCUCAGCCAGUGGCAUUCCCCUGCCCAGCAGAGCCCCUGCGGCCAGUGCACCACCUGCCCACCGGCCACGUCCCAAGUCUACCCCAGAUGCCUGCCUGGAGCAUUGGCAGGGGCUGGAAGCUGAGGACUGGACAGCAGCCCUGCUGAACAGAGGUCGCAGUCGCCAGCCCCUGGUGCUGGGGGACAACUGUUUUGCUGACUUGGUGCACAACUGGAUGGAGCUGCCAGAGGCAGCGGGUGAGGGGGACAAUGGUGGUGGGCCCCGUGCCCGUGCUCGGCCCCCUCAGUUCUUGCUUGGGCUCUCUGAGCAGCUGCGGCGCCAGCUGGCCAGGGCACGCCGGGCGGCUAUGGCGGGAAAGCGACUGUCGUGCCCACCUCGCCCGGAACCGGAACUGCCCGCAGAUGUCUCACGCUUUGCAGCCCUCAUGAGCUGCCGCAGCCGCCAACCUAUCAUCUGCAAUGAUGUCAGCUACCUCUGACCCUGCCCUCCAGCCUGGGACAAUAAAGGCCUUUUCUGGACUA